AUGGGCUACUUUCGCCAUCGUCAUUCUUGCGCCGGAAAUUGCUCUGGGCGUUGUCGUGUGGACACCCGACGGAAUCGAGAUGAGACUGACCCAGCACAGGCUAAGCUACCCGUAAAUCUACAAUCUGUAUCCCCACCUCCCCUUAACUUCAGUGCCACCGACCGCCCAGAAAGCUAUAUUCGCCGCCGACCAUCCUCAUCCCAACAACAAACUCCCCAUCACCGAAGCGAAUCUCGCUACCGAAAUCCUCGACAGGAACUCCCGCGCUGCUCCCCUGAGCCUCCGAGGCACGUCUUGUCUUCUAGUGACCGCCACACAGACCUCCCAAGUUCGCGGGACUCUCGGCACCCUCGACGCCAGGAAUUCCCAGAUAGCAACGUUCCAGACCCCCGGAGCCUUCCCGACUCCCACCGAGACCCACGAGAUUCUCGAAGCUCUGGUCCCCGCCACUCGGGCACAUCCUCGAAUUAUAACGUCUUCCCCGGGGUUUCCGGGAACAGCGUACCACUGCGCGCAUCCCCCCGAGAGAAACAACACUCCCAUUCUUCCCUCGUACCUUUUUACCAAUCUACCCGCCAGUCAAACCGCCAUUUUGCACCCGGUCUCGGUGAGUAUUUGUCCACUUAUCCUGCUCAUUAUGUGCAUGGGGAGAUCCAGAUGGUCGGAGCUCAGUGGCAAAGAUGGAUCGAGGACCCCAACGCCCCUGGCUGCAGAGUUACACUCCGACGAUUUCCCUUUGACUUGCUGGAUUUAGUCAACAGGACAGACGCUAGAUCUCGAUGGAAAGCCAUAAGAAACUCCUUCUGUGAUCCCCCUGAUAUGCUUACGCCAGAAUUAAACAGUUUAGGCUUACCAACGAGAGAUAACCAAUAUCGGACACUUUUGCUUCAUGGACCCCCAACCCAACUAGGCGAGGAACGCAAUCUAUACACACACUGUACGUCGCAGGGUGUGAUUAUCGUUCAAGACACCACAAGAAAUAACGGGCCCCAUUGGAACGAAAUCGCUGCUGGGCAGUACGAGAUGGACUAUCGCAUCGAAUCACUCCGCCAUAUCUACUUCACUGACGUGAUGAACCGAAAUGUUCUCGAGUUUGUUUUAGAGCGACUUUAUCACCCUAUCCUCCGAGUGCCGUGGACCGAAUGGAACCCUAUUGGGGAUAUGCCACGGAAUUGGGAGUACGGUACUCCUGAAUACCAAGGCAUGAUGGGGACCACCUUCGGAAAAGCCGUGGCUGCUCUUCUAAUUUCGGUCUUCCCUAGAGGUUCCUUUAGAGUUGCCCGAGUCGCCACUUGGAAGGACUACAAUCUUCAUGUGCGAUUUGAUACUGAGAGUACUGAGAAUGAGGAAAGCUCAUAA